GGAGGCCUCCUCGCCAAUCCCGCUCAGACGCAAACAAACUUUUUCUUUUUAACACUAAAAAGAGAGAGAGAGAGAGAUCGAGCAGAUUUGAAUCGGAACCAUGGAGACCCGAGACGUCGCCGGCGCGUCGCCGCUUCCCUAUUCCUACUCGCCGCUCCCCGCCGGCGGCGACGCCGACGUCGUCUCCGGCGCCGGCCGCAGGCGGCGCCCGCUGUGGGUCGCCCUGCUGCUCUCCUCCGCCGCGGUGAUCCUCGCCGUGUGUGUUCUGUCCGGCGCCAGGCUCGCCGGGCGCCCGGUGGUGGAUCAGGUCGCCGUCCCGGCGACGGCGGAGGGGGUGGCGGAGAUGGCGCGCAGCAGGGGGCCCGAGGCGGGGGUGUCGGAGAAGACGUUGGGGGCGGAGGAGGCGGUGAGGCUGAUGGGCGGCGCGGCGGAGGCGGACAACGCGUUCCCGUGGAGCAACGCGAUGCUGCAAUGGCAGCGCACCGGCUUCCACUUCCAGCCCGAGAGGAACUGGAUGAACGAUCCCAACGGUCCGGUGUACUACAAGGGGUGGUACCAUCUGUUCUACCAGUACAACCCGGACGGUGCGAUAUGGGGCAACAAGAUCGCGUGGGGGCACGCCGUGUCGCGCGACCUCGUGCACUGGCGCCACCUCCCGCUCGCCAUGGUUCCCGACCAGUGGUACGACGUCAACGGCGUCUGGACCGGCUCCGCCACCACCCUCCCCGACGGCCGCAUCGCCAUGCUCUACACCGGCUCCACCAACGCCUCCGUCCAGGUGCAGUGCCUCGCCGUCCCCUCCGACCCCUCCGACCCGCUCCUCACCAACUGGACCAAGUACCACGCCAACCCCGUCCUCUACCCGCCGCCCACCAUCGGCGACCGCGACUUCCGCGACCCGACCACCGCCUGGCGGGACCCCUCCGACGGCGCCUGGCGGAUCGUCAUCGGCUCCAAGGACGAGCACCACGCCGGCAUCGCCGUCGUCUACAGGACCACCGACUUCGUCCACUACGAGCUCCUCCCGGGGCUGCUCCACCGCGUGGAGGCCACCGGCAUGUGGGAGUGCAUCGACUUCUACCCGGUGGCCGGCGGCGAGGGCGUCGACAUGACCGACGCCAUGUACUCGCGGAACAAGGGCGUGGUGCACGUGAUGAAGGCGAGCAUGGACGACGACCGCCAUGACUACUACGCCCUGGGCCACUACGACGCCGCCAGGAACUCGUGGACGCCCAUGGACGCCGACGCCGACGUGGGCAUCGGCCUCCGCUACGACUGGGGCAAGUUCUACGCCUCCAAGACGUUCUACGACCCGGCCAAGCGCCGCCGCGUGCUCUGGGGCUGGGUCGGCGAGACCGACUCCGAGCGCGCCGACGUCGCCAAGGGAUGGGCCUCUCUCCAGUCGAUCCCUCGGACGGUGGAGCUGGACACGAAGACGGGGAGCAACCUGCUGCAGUGGCCGGUGGAGGAGGUGGAGACGCUGCGCACCAACUCCACCGACCUCGGCGGCAUCACCGUCGACUACGCCUCCGUCUUCCCGCUCAACCUCCACCGCGCCACGCAGCUCGACAUCCUCGCCGAGUUCGAGCUCCACCCGGACGACGUCGACGCCGCCCUCGAGGCCGACGUCGGCUACAACUGCAGCACCAGCGGCGGCGCCGCCGGCCGCGGCGCGCUCGGCCCCUUCGGCCUUCUCGUGCUCGCCGACAAGCGCCAGCGCGGGGAGCAGACCGCCGUCUACUUCUACGUGGCCAGGGGGCUCGACGGCGGCCUCCGCACCCACUUCUGCCAGGACGAGUCCAGGUCGUCGCACGCCAACGACAUCGUCAAGAGGGUCGUCGGCAACGUCGUCCCGGUGCUCGACGGCGAGGCCUUCUCCCUCCGGGUGCUCGUCGACCACUCCAUCGUGGAGAGCUUCGCGCAGGGCGGGAGGUCGACGGCGACGUCGCGGGUCUACCCGACGGAGGCCAUCUACGCCAACGCCGGCGUCUACCUCUUCAACAACGCCACCAGCGCGCGCGUCACGACCAAGAAGCUCCUCGUCCACGAGAUGGACUCCUCCUACAACCAAGCCUACGUGGCUUAGAAACACUUACCUGUAAAUCCAUCAUUUUUGCCUGCCGCCUCCUGCAGCUAGCUGCUGCCCUUCUCGAUUUUUAUUUUUUCUUCUUGCUUUAAUUUUUGUCUCUCGAUCUCGAUCUUGAUCGAUCGAUUAAUUAUUAUUACUAUCUCCAUGAGGAUAAGAUGCAUCGUGGAUCGCUUCCUUGAUUCGAUCCAAUUGUAUUGUACCUAGUGGAUGAUGCCAUGGUCAAGCAAGCAAUACUUCUGUACAUUUUUUUCACAUAUGCAUGAAUCAAAAAGUUAUGCAGAACCUCCGUUCCAA